CGAAACCUUACUGUUACGUUUACGGAAAGUGUGAUGGCCUUUAUAUCAUGGAACCGUGCUUGGCGCGAUUUGGGUAAAGGCACGGAGUCGCCGCGGGUUUCCGAGACAGUUCGCUUCCGUCGAUUUGUUCGUUUAUUAUGCUAUCGCGAUUCGCGCUCCGCAGGCUCGUUCCGCGAAAUUUCUAGUGGGAUCACCUGCGCGACAGCCGUGCUGUCACGGUCGUCGUGUGUGUCUCCGCGACGGCGACAGUAGAGAAACGAGUGGUGUGCUCGUCGUUCGAUCGCUGAGGGACUCGGUGUCGCGCGUCGUCGCGGACGUGAUAGCAGUCGGACUGUAGACUCACUCGAGAGUCUCCCCCUCUCCCUCUUUCUCUCUCUCCUCUCAGCCUCUUUCUCUCCAUUUCUCUUCCUCUCCCGCUUUCUUUCAUGACAAAUGGUGCAUUCUCCGUGAUCGCGAACUCGCGGUGUCUCUUUGUGCGUCGUCGCUCGCAACAACAACGACGCAGCAGCCGUCGCGAGGAUGGACGAGAAUAAACGCCUGCACGCGACGCGACCUCGUUAGCUACGUGCUAUCCUGUGCUCGACGGUGGUGUGUGUGUAUAUGAGUGCUGCGAAUUUUCCGCGGAAUCUCCCCUCCGCGUUCGUCGACCUCCUGGAGAGAAUCAACCGACUUGUUAGAAGUUUUCUUCGAUAAAAAAAAAAAAAAAAAAAAAAUCACGCAAUCUCCACGCAUCAUACACAAGGAUCGCGUUUAGCGCGGCCUUGACGACGGCGGGAUAGACGAACAGCAAACGUAACGUCAGCCGCAAAACGCUGAUUAGAAUCGACGUAACGCCAUCGUUGAUCCACGUUCCCGCGGACUCCUCGAUGCGAUUUCCAUAAGUGUGGCGUUCACUGUUCGAGAGAAAAAGGGGACAAAGAGGAACGUCGGUUUAGGAAAGGCUAGGGGAAAAGCUCACCAAUUGUUCAGUCUGCAACGAUGGAUUCGGAGGAAGAAACGCUUUAUGACGACGUCGACUCCGGCAAUGAGUCGAGCGGCGAUGACGUUGACUUCGCGAUGGAAAUAGAAUCUGGUAAUCCACGGGAACGUGCCACCGAUGUUGACGAGUACCCCUUCGAAGUGCUUUCCACAGAGGAAAUCGUGCAGCACAUGGUCGACUCCAUAAAGGAAGUCAACACUGUUGUCGAAAUACCAGCCACCACCACACGUAUUUUGUUAAAUCACUUUAAAUGGGACAAAGAAAAAUUGAUGGAACGAUUUUACGAUGGUGAUCAAGAAAAGUUGUUUGCUGAGGCGCGCGUCAUUAAUCCAUUCAGAAAAGGUCCUUUGAUAAGCAGGAGUCGAUCCUCCCAUUCUUUGGUAAAUCCUAAGAGACCUACAAAUGGAACAGAAGAAUGUGGGAUUUGUUUUAUGAUCUUGCCAUCUUCGAUGAUGACUGGUCUGGAAUGUGGACAUCGUUUUUGUACCGGAUGUUGGGGAGAAUACCUGACAACUAAAAUUAUGGAGGAAGGAGUUGGACAAACGAUAGCAUGCGCCGCUCAUGCCUGUGACAUUUUAGUAGAUGACGCCAGUGUUAUGCGACUUGUUAAAGAUUCCAAAGUUAAAUUAAAAUAUCAACAUUUAAUCACCAAUAGCUUUGUUGAAUGUAAUAGGCUACUGAGAUGGUGUCCCUCUCCCGAUUGCAAUAAUGCCAUUAAAGUCCAGUACGUGGAAGCAAGACCAGUUACUUGUAAAUGUAGACAUAUCUUCUGUUUUCAUUGUGGCGAGAACUGGCAUGAUCCUGUAAAGUGUCAUUUAUUGCGAAAGUGGAUUAAAAAAUGUGAUGACGAUUCUGAAACGUCAAAUUGGAUCGCUGCUAAUACGAAAGAGUGCCCCAAGUGUAAUGUUACCAUCGAAAAGGAUGGCGGAUGUAAUCAUAUGGUUUGCAAGAAUCAGAAUUGUAAAACUGAAUUUUGCUGGGUAUGUCUCGGACCUUGGGAACCGCACGGAUCUAGUUGGUACAAUUGUAAUCGUUACGAUGAGGAGGAAGCUAAAGUAGCCAGGGACGCGCAGGAAAAAUCCAGAUCAGCUUUACAGAGAUAUUUAUUUUAUUGCAAUAGAUAUAUGAAUCAUAUGCAGUCGCUAAAGUUUGAAAGUAAAUUAUACGCCAGUGUGAAGGAAAAGAUGGAAGAAAUGCAGCAGCAUAAUAUGUCGUGGAUCGAGGUGCAAUUUUUAAAGAAAGCAGUAGACAUUUUGUGUUCCUGUAGACAAACUCUCAUGUACACUUACGUUUUUGCUUAUUAUGUGAAAAAGAACAAUCAAUCUGUGAUUUUUGAGGAUAACCAAAAAGAUUUAGAGAGCGCCACAGAGUGCCUCUCUGAAUAUCUUGAACGAGAUAUCACGAGUGAAAAUCUUGCGGACAUUAAACAAAAAGUUCAGGACAAAUAUAGAUACUGCGAUAGCCGAAGAAAAGUGCUUUUAGAACAUGUCCAUGAAGGGUAUGAAAAAGAAUGGUGGGAUUAUAAGGAAUAGAGGAUUUUUGCUAAUUUUAUUUCUUGGGGUGAUAACAAGUCCUCUUCCUUCCCACCUCUGCCCCAACUGUGAUAAACCAAGAAAGAGUUAACAAGAGACAAAAAUGGAGCAUGUCACAAGUGAAACGUGUUAUAUGCACUUUAUACAUAUGCUCUGUGGAAACACGUAUAAUGUCGUUUAUGAAUUAAUAUUGAAUUCAAAUUAUUAAAAUUCAAUUCCGAUCACAAACAAGUUGAUUGGACAAUAUUUUGAUUUGCGCUUGCUGUGUGUUAUACAUCAUUGUAGAUUCUUGAUCCUUCAUAAAAAUGCCGCAUUGUUUUAGGAUCUUAAGAAAAAGUUAUAUUCCUUAAGACGAGCAAGAGAUGUGUGUCAUUCUUCGCUAAACAUACCUAGCAUGUUGUAAAAUGAUUUGGCUAAAAAAUUUACUAUUUUAUUUAGCA